AUGAUGAUUUUCAACUUGUUCAAUAUCGCCAUCUUGACCCUCGGCAACCAAGUGUUCGCGACACCUGUCCUGGGCGACAACACACUUCACGCUCGCAGCCCCCCUCCACCACCUCCCCCCCAGCCUCCUAUCCCCCCAGCACCUCCAGCAACCACCACAAACAAGUCAACUGUAGAGAUUCACCCACGUAUUGCCCCCCAAGUCGGCCCUAUCCCGAAAAUCCACCUUGUCCCAAGGCACCAGCUCGACAACUUCGCCGGCAAACCCGUCCCUCCACAUCGACCACACCAACGGCGCGACCUUCCAGACAUCGGCAAGGUGGCCGCCUACCCGUUCGGCAAACUACCAGACUUCGUAAAAGACAACAGAUUGCCAGUGCGGAGCAUCAGGAGGACCCUUGUUUCGAAUGGAAGAUGGGCUAGCUUGGCAGUAUGGGGUGGCGAGUUCACGUUUUUGGGACCUCAAAAAAAGCCAGACUCCUCCGGAUAG